CAAUCCAAUCACGUGUUUCACUUCUGCAAAACACCCAAGGGUUUACGUACUUGAUUAACAUCCAUAUCAUGUUGUUAAGUGAAUCAGAGGUCACGGGUACCUGUUGGUCCCCCCCGGAUCGGUCGAGCAUGUGGAGGGCGGGGUUCUCUGUUCCUGCAAACUACGGUGAUAAUCAACUGUUCUGUGGAGGGUUUUCGAACCAGUGGGAGACAAAUGACGGCAAGUGCGGGACCUGUGGCGACCCGUAUCAGGGACCACUUCCUAAUGAUAGCGGGGAGUACGACACGGGGACAAUUGGCGCCCAGUACACACAGGGACAGGACAUUGAUGUCACUAUCCAGCUAACAGCCAAUCAUCUCGGGUACUUCACGAUAAAGCUUUGCGCUGAUGGAGACCUAAAGAGAGACGCCCUUCAGACGUGUCUCGACAACACAGUUCUGAAGUUGAUAACGCCCUCUGGCGUCAAAGAGAAGAACGAGAUAGGGUCAGAGGUAAUAACUGGGGAACUGACGAGGAAGGACCUGGUCUUGGGCUUGGUCCUCAGGAACACUUCGUCAACUGACCUGACAUUAGGAUCAUUGAGUCAGGAAAAUCUCCCACACAGUCGUUCCCUACUACACCCAACCCCACAUCGGCCCCCAGUACCGGGAGGUGUCUGUCGAGCUACAGGUGUGUGGGAGGGGCUAGCAGGUCAAGAUCAAUGGUGUGUCAACAACUGCGCUGCAGGCCAAUGCCCCCCUUCUUUCUGUGUCUGCAACUGAGAAGAGAAAAUG